GACAAGAGCAGGGCCGCCACCUCCGGGAAAUCAAAGUCCAAAUCCCGGGCGCCUACGUCAUCCUCCGAGGAGCGCCUCUACUAUGGCGACGGGUCAUACCUUUGGUUUGACUCCGAGGAGGAGCGCACCCGUUUCCUCACCUUCUUCUCUAAACGGGUUGUGGCUCCCCCACGCAUCAUCCCGGAGCGUUACCAAGAGUUGGAGGGCUACGACGACCUCGACGCGCAGCUUCAUCAAGCAGGCCUUUGGCCGUUCGUCUCCCGGGCACGCAAGGAGAUCAACCCGGCGCUGAUCCGGGCCUUCUACUCCAACCUCCGGCGUGAGGACAACGUGCUCUACUCGCUCGUCAAGAGCACGCCGAUCGAGCUCACCGUGGAGCAGCUUGGGCGCAUCGCCGGCCUCCCCUUCCAAGGCGACGAUGUGUCUCACUAUGGUGGAGAGGAUUGGGUGCUCAACAACGAGGGCCUUAUCCUCAACGAGCUUGGCAUCACCGAGCUCAAACGCCAUGCCUCGGGCCGCCCAACCAU